AUGCCACAUAUCACUCAAGACCCCAAUCUGGAGGUGAGCCCCAAGGUCACAUCUGCGGCUCUUGAUGCCGUCUGCACGGCCCUCACCACAGCGGAGGGUAUAGACAAAGUGGUGGUUGCUGCUCGGUUAGCCGAUGCCUGGGUUGCGGACAACACACCAGGAAAGAGGCUUGGGCAGCACAGGCUCGCACAUGAGGCGGGCGGGCUUCGGGAGCUCAGGAAGGAAGAGGAGGCAGAGGAGAAGGAGAAGAAGAGGCCCAAGCUGAAGGGCUUCAUUGCAAACAAGCCUGUGAGGGACAACAUGCAGCUCCCCUUCGUGUUACACGAUACACACAAGCGCAACUACAUGGAGCUUUACUCCUUCAUGAUGGAGGGUUGCUUGGAGGCAGUGAGGCUCAACCGGACCAUUGCCCAAGAUGCCUUUACCUUUGCCAAGGCGAACGACACCCUCCUCUUGAAACCCCUGGCUUCGCACAAGCCUUCGAACAAGGUCAUCCUGGAUGAGGAUUUGACAUGGCAUCAGAUGUCGAUCACCAAGAGUUGUUUGCUCCACCACAUGUCACAAAAGUGGUUGGCCCCAGCCACUUGUCGUCGCCCUCACAGGAUUUACCUCAAUCUCGAAAGCCACCCCAUGUGGCUGCAGGUCGAUGGCGAUACGGUACUGCUACACUAUGAGGCUCAGGUCCAGCAUGAGUGGCAUAAGUCCCUCUGUGGUGCCAACGACAAGCCUGCAGUUGAUAUCAGCGUCAUUAACGUAAAGCACGUCGAGGCCAUCAGGCUGAUCUCUGGAACAUAA